CACGACGAGUGGACGUGAACGUGAACGUGAAUGUGCUUGCUUUUUCUGGGUGGCCCACCCCGGGGGGGCUGUGUUUCGUGGCGUUUCGACUAACGGCACACAUACGUGAACACAUACAGGUACACGCGAGGUGAUCCUGGGCAGAGCACGGAUCCUGCCUGCAGGAGAACCGGACAACUAGUCCGGCUGUCAAGAGGCAGAGGGAAAUAGAGAGAAAGAUAGGGAGAGAGAGAGAGAGAGAGAGAGAGAGAGUGAGAGAGAGAGGGGGGGGAGUGUAAGAGGGGGAGGAGUGUGAUAGCGCGAGAGAGAAAGAAAGAAAGAGGGAAAGAAAGAGAGAGAAACAAAGAGAUAGAGUGGAAAAGAGAGUGAGAGAGAGGAAGAGAGGAAGAGAGAGAGAGAGAGAGGUGGUAGGAUGUAGGGUGUGCGCGAGGAGCGACCAGUGGUGGGUACGACCCACCAGCGCGAGCUAUGCGCCAACGGUCCUCGGUGCCCAUCCGUGACCACACCGCCACCAUCCGAUCGCCACCCCCGGCCCACCGCUCUAUGGAGUCAUCGCUGGUCAGGCAUCGCAACCGAACCAGCAUCGACCAAGCCGCUAGCAGCAGCAGCAGCAACAAUAAGCUCAGACCGAAGCCGACACAGUCGUCCGACUGCAGCCGGCAGUCCACACGACCAGCAGCCCCGAACGCGGGCCCUGUUAUGAGAGACCGGACCUCCGGCAAGCCGCCAGCAGUGCAAGUGUCUCGCCUACCGUCCGUCCAGUCCGUCAGCAGCAGUAUUGUCAGCAGCAGCAGCAACAGCAACAGCAGCAACCAAGGUAACGUGGCGACUUUGAACGAACUACGGCAUCUACGCAGCCACAACCGAGGACAUCAUCAGCAGCAGCAGCAGCAGCAGCAGCCAAGUCAACAACCCACACCAAUCGAAGAGACGAUCGUUAGCUCGACUUCAAGCCAGAGCCAGAGUCGGCCACCACCAGGUGGCCACCAUCAGCCGGUGGCAGCAACGGUUGCGACGGCAACGGGCACCAACCAGCUCGCCAACUAUCACCAGCACCAGCACCAUCAUCACAAUCACCGUACCGCCUAUAGCUCCUAUUCGACCGGACUUAAAGAAUCAAGCAAGUGUCCCACGCCCGGCUGCAUAGGACUUGGUCACGUCACUGGGCUAUACUCGCAUCACCGCAGUCUGUCUGGAUGUCCAAGACGCGAUAAGGUAUCCUCCGAGUUAUUAGCGUUACACGAGACCAUCUUGAAAUGCCCAACGCCGGGCUGUAACGGACGAGGACACGUUAGUGCGGGGCGUAACUCGCACCGCAGUCUUUCCGGCUGCCCGAAGGCGGCCGCCACCAAGGCAGCCGCCCGCGAGCUCAAGUACCAGAAUGGUUUGCUGUUCCGCCAGAAACUCCACAGCGCAGUAAUCAACUAUCAGCAGCUCAGUGACUACCGAACGGCCGCCCUAGCAGCCACAGCAAACGCAAGCGUCGACUCUGCUAACCACAACACUAGCAGUAGUAGCAGCACCAGCAGUAGUUCCAGCAGUAGUAUCGCCGGUACUGCAUCGAUCACCACCACUAGCACCCUAGUAGUGCGGCAGCCGUCCAACGCUGAGGAUCUGAGGAGUCAGAAGGACGCAACCGACAGCAGUAGCAGCAGCACCACCAACACCAUCAGCGGUGGCCCAGUGAUCAAGACUGAGCAGCACGACGAAACCGGGGACAACAGUAGUAGCCGUAGUAGUAGCGUCUCUUCAGUCGCUUCCUCGCCAGCUUCGUCUUUCGGUUAUUCGCCAGCAUCGCCUGGCCGCCAGCGGACGCAAACACAGACGCAGUCACCGCGGCCCCAGCCGCCGCCGACACUACCAGCGCCCCGUACCACCAGGAUGCUCGAGAGUGCAUACGGUGGGCGGGAUCAAGAGCUGGCCCGCUACCAGAGCCAGGUGGGGCUGCAACAGCAUCAGCAACAGCAACAGCAACAGCAGCAGUACCAUCACCACCACCUUCAUCACCAUCACCAGUAUACGACGCACUACGAUGGUCAGGGUCAGGGGGCCAGCACUGUUGCUGGUAACUCGUACACGGACCUCGGUUCGUACUCGACCCGUGCUGGCGCUUACACCGACCCAUCAGCGGCCACAGCAGCUGCUGCAGCCGCCGCUGCCACCGGUGCCUUUGAGCGCUACGAUCCGGGCGGUUACGCCGGCAUGCAGAAGAGUGCGGCCAUAUACGGCCAUGCGUACAGUCCCGUCGUGCAGCCGCUCGGGGUGGACGAGUAUGGUGCGGGGGUGCCCUGUACCCUGCCCACCAGUGGCCAUGCCGGGAUGCUUGGGGCACCGGGUGCAGCGGCAGCGGCGGCUGCAGCAGCAGCUGCAGCGGCCGCCGCAGCAACGACCGGUCCGGUGUCCACCCUCCUGAAAAUGGAGCUGCCGGAGGAGGGCACGGAGGUGCCACUGUAUCCGCCACGUCCCGCCUACCACUACGAUCCCGCCGCCACGGCUGCCUGCACCUCGCAGGCCACCACCGUUCCACCACCGUCAUCAAUCCCACAAGCCGGUGGUACCGGCUUCUCGGUCAUCAACCUGAGCGUCAAGGUAACGUCGAGCGGCAGUGGGGCCGCCCCUGGCGCCACCUCACUCUGUAAGAUGGGCUCUUCUGGCGACAGCGGAGUUGGCGGAGAGGAAGGUGGUGGUCGGGGUGGGGGCGAUACACCAUCAUCGGCCACCCUCGAUGACCACCACUCCCCGAACGGAGUGUCUUCGUCGUCGGUGGCGGCUACAGUGGCCAGUGAAGAUGCUUCGCAACCGCCGGGAGAGACACCGUCCGGUAAGAGCCCACGGCCGGGCACGAGCCCGAACCAGAUCUCCGCCAACAGCCCCCAUACGGCGAGCCCGCAGGGCCACACGCUGGACUUGAGCGUCAGCCGGUUACCGAACAGCUCCACGGUGGCCGCCACCAGCCCCUCGAGCUAUCAUCAGCCGGGUGAGGCAGGCGCACCGACGUCUGCAGCGAUCGGCGCGAGCGUCCGCUCGCCACCGACCGAACCGGUCGACUUCAGUGGCCCAUCGGCGGCGGUUGGCCGGCCCGGGCUUGGGUUCGGGUUCAUGGGGCCGCCAAACCAACCGACUGGUACCGGUUACAGCCGCGAGUCCACCCCCGACAGUGCCACCUCGCACUACCUCGAGGGGUACCGAGAUCACAGUGGGUACAGUCCACACCCGGGCUACGGUAUGGUGGAGUACGCGAACGGUUACCCGGGCUAUGCCUCUAACUAUCAGGCCUGCCCACCGUACGGUGCCUCGCUCGGGCCGUACUCGACGGCUGGCUACAACUCGGCCGCCGCCGCCGCUGCCGCCGCUGCUGCCGCCGCAGCUGCCGCGGCCGGUUCGGCCUGCUACGCCAUGCCACCGCCGUCCCACAUACCGUCGCACGACAAGCUGCUCAAGGAUGGCCUCACCGGCGGCUCACUGGCGCGUCCCGACAGACAGUACCAUCACGCGAACACGCAGGAGCUGAAGUGUCCGACCCCUGGCUGCGACGGUUCCGGGCACGCCACCGGCAACUACUCCUCCCACCGCAGCCUCUCCGGUUGUCCGAGGGCUACCAAGCCGAAGAGCAAACCGCGCGACGGCCAGGAAUCGGAACCGCUCAGAUGUCCAAUUCCCGGGUGUGAUGGAUCCGGGCACUCGACCGGCAAAUUCCUCUCGCAUCGCAGUGCUUCCGGAUGUCCGAUCGCGAACCGCAAUCGAAUGCGUGUGAUGGAUACGGGCGGCGUAGGAACGGAAGGGCCCGGAAACCAUUCCGGGCACCAUUCGGUGCAUGGCCACGCUAAGCUGGGCGGCCCGAAGACGUAUGACGCAGGCGACCACCAUGGUGGUAGCACGGUGGUCGAAUCCCACUGGUCCGCCUCUUCCUCGUCCUCGUCCUCUUCCUCCUCUUCUUCCUCUACCACCAACCCUACCUGCCAGACGGGCGUCAAGAAGGCCAAGUACUCGGACGAACCGCCGUACGGCAAGGCGUACACCGGUAUAGCCGAUAUGCUACUACACCACUCGCCGUCUGAUGCGGACCAGCGUCAAUCAGUCGCUGGAGAAGCGACGAACCGAACUGAUGCUGGCUCACCUGGUCACACCCUUCACCAGCAGCAGCAGCAGCAGCAGCAGCACCAUCACCAUCAGCACCACCAACAACAACAAAAUCCUGGUGGCGAUCUGGGCACCGCGACCAAUGCUGCGGGUGGGGGCGGCAGCGGCGGCGAAGAUUUGCUGUCGCUCGAGGCGGAAAUCUCUGAGCUGCAGCGCGAGAAUGCCCGCGUCGAGUCGCAGAUGCUGCGGCUCAAGACCGACAUCAGCGCGAUGGAGACGCAGCUCGGGCACGCCGAACGGGAAACUGAAGCAACUGCGGCUAGCGACCGUGGCAAUCACGUAGCGGGCACGUACUAUGAACAUUUGCGCAACAACGUCAUCACCUUGCUUGAGAACGUGAAGAUUCCGGCCGGCACGAGACGGUCAUCAUCACCUCCUGCGAUACUACCUAACCACAACCUUCAACAGCAACAGCAGCACCAUCAACAUCACCACAACCAGCAACAGCAACAGCAGCAGCAUCACCAUCACUUCCACCAGCAUCAACUGCAUCAACAUUCCCCCCUAUCCCACGAUUCACCUGGCAGUACAAGCGGCACACACACGCUCAAGAUGCACAACAACAACAACAACAUCAACAAUCAUGAUGACGAUGGAAGAGAGAGUGCGGGAGCGAGGCACGGCUGCUGCGACGGUUCGCAAUCGAGGGCACCAUCCGCAAGUGGUGUUGGUGAGCCACACCAUCCGCUGCACCAUCCGCUGAAGGGGGAAGCGUCGCCACCGGUGACCGUGACCGGAAGCCCGGACGAGUCGCGUGGCACCACCGAGGACAGCCAAGGGAGGGGCCGCCAGUUUGACAAUUACCUAUCAAAGCUGCAGUCCCUGUGUUCGUCGCAGCCCACCUCGGCUGGCAGCAGCAGCAGCAGCAGCACGGAGCAGCUGCACGGCCACGCACACCCGCCACAGCAUCAUGCAUCCCACCAGCAUUUGCAUCCUCCUCCCCCUCUCCCUCCUCAUCAUCAGCAUCAUACCCAUCCCCUGCAGCAUCAUCCCCAUCAGCAACCACAACAUCUAGGACAGCACCUCGGAGAGGGUCAACAUCCGCAUCUGCAACCACAGCAGCAGCAGCAGCAGCAGCAGCAGCAGCAGCAGCAGCAGCAGCAGCAGCAUGAUCAUCCUCACUCAAGCGCAACAAUAGCAGCAGCAGCACCACCACCACCACCCCCACCCCCACCACUGCCGUCGGUGAUGCACCAUUAUCAGGCACAACACCAAUCCCAGCCCCACCUGCAUCUGUACGAUGUGAACGGGCCGAUGUACGUCAACCUCGGGCCAACACCGGACUUCCGCUCGCUCUACGACUCGAUGAAGCUGCCUGGUGUUCCCGGUAGCGAAGUAUACGGUGCUCCACCACUCACCACCCCCAUCUGAGGCGGCCCCAGUCCAGUGUGAAGUGUAGUGACCGCAAGGACUCCCUGCAAUCUCCACUAGACAGGUCCUUCCUUGCUCCCUGUC